UUUUAGCAAAUUUAUAAAGGCUGCAUCUCUCUAGCUAGCUGGUAAUUAUAGUACUGAUUAGGUUAGAAAAAAUGGAGAAUACUUAUAGUAAGGAGAUACAAGUUGAAGAAGAAGACGAAGCAGAAGUUCUUAAGAAGAGAAUCUCUAGCCAUCCUUUGUAUGAUCUUUUAGUUCAGACUCAUAUGGAUUGCUUGAAGAUAGGUGGCAUUGGUGAUGCAGAUGAAAAUGAUGGUAGUAUUAAGCAGAAAUUGCCUAAUAAAAAGCCAAAUUCAAGCUCAAUGAGUCAGCCAGAGCUAGAUCACUUCAUGGAAGCAUAUUGCUUAGCAUUAAAGAAAUUGAAAGUAGCAAUGGAAGAACCUCAGCAUGAGACAAUUGGUUUUAUCAACAACAUGCAUCUUCAGCUUAAUUAUCUUCAAUCUACCGACUCUUCUUCAGGAGGUAGAGAGAACUAAUAGAAGAAUGAGCAAAAAGGGGAAAGUUCCAACCUAGUGGCUGCUGCUAAUUAUAUAAAAUAUGCAAAAAGUGCACUUUUUUUUCUGUUUAGUAAAUGUAAACAUGACCCCAUUGUUUGGUUGCUAUGCAAAAAAUUAUUGAGUUUAUCCAUUAGGAUUUAUUCAAAAUUG